AUGAAUACCAAGCACUUCUUCAACGAUCCUGAGAGCCUUGUCCAGGAUGCUCUACAGGGCCUCGUUUAUGCAAAUCCACAUCUAUCCUAUGAUCCAGACAACAAAUGUGUAAUUGACAGCCAACAUGAUGGAUCGAAGUUCGUCACUCUCAUUUCUGGGGGAGGUGCUGGCCAUGAGCCUGCCUUUGCCGGUUAUGUUGGGCCAAACCUGCUCAACGCUGCCAUUUCUGGAUUCAUUUUUGCCUCUCCAAGCGUCCAGCAAAUUGUCAACACCAUCGCCCACGCGGGCGGUUCCACGGGGACUUUACUCAUCAUCAUGAACUAUACCGGAGACGUCCUUCAUUUCCACCUUGCAGCCGAGAAGGCGCGUGUUGCCGGCCACCACACAGCAGUCAUGACUGUUGGGGACGAUGUCUCCGUGGGUCGAAAACGAAGCGGACGGGUGGGCAGAAGAGGCCUCGCUGGUACCGUUUUGGUCCACAAGAUCCUUGGAGGCUACGCAAAGACUGGGGCAUCUUUGGAUGAGGUUGUCAAGUUUGGGGAGCAGGUUUGCAACAAUCUAGUCACUGUCGGGGCGGCUCUUGACCAUGUCCACGUUCCCGGACGUGAGACGAACAAGCAAGCCAGCAAUGGCAGUCAGGUAGAACUGGGCAUGGGGAUCCACAAUGAACCGGGAUGUCGAGUCCUUGAGCCGCAGCCUCAUAUCAAUGAUCUUGUGAACCAAAUGUUGGACCAGCUGUUAGAUCCCAACGACUCAGACCGAGCGUACGUCCGCUUUGGAGACUGCGAGCCGGUGGUUCUCCUUGUAAACAACCUUGGAGGCCUCUCGCCGCUCGAGUUCAGCGCCGUUACCAAGAUUGUGUCAGAGGAGCUACGUGCACGAGUUGCGAAGGUCGCGAGGAUAUACGCUGCGCCAUUUAUGACCAGUCUGGAUAGCAAGGGGUUCAGCAUCAGCCUUCUCAAAGCCAACCAGGAGAUGCUGCACUUCCUCGAUGUUCCUGUCACUGCACCAGGAUGGGCAAUACCUACAUAUUCAUCUGAAUCCUGGGAAAGGCCAAACGGGCCAUCCUUGAAGCAGAAAGGGGUAGAUACCCAAGUGCAUGAUCUCUCUCGGUCAACUCUGGAACUCGCACCGUCUACUCUGAAACGCAUUCUCACAUCAUGUUGUGAUUCAAUCUUAUCGGUUGAAAGCUUGAUCAAUUCCUAUGACUCAGUGGUUGGGGAUGGCGAUUGUGGCUCAACCCUCGGCCGUGCUGCCCGAGCCAUCCAGUCCACUAUCCAGAGUUCGCCCUCAGCAUUUGGUGACGGUGAUGCUGUGCAGGCGAUAGAGACGUUAGCACGGGUUUUGGAGGAUAACAUGGAUGGGACUUCAGGUGCAUUGUAUGCCAUCUUCUUCAAUGCGCUGGCAGCAAGCCUAAAGAACAUUGGAACUGAAAGGUCCGGAAAGCGUCAGAUCAAAGAGGAGGAUUGGUCACGAGGUGUCUCCGAGGCUUUGGAUGCAUUGUACCGAGCCACACCUGCUCGCGUGGGAGACAGGACGCUGGUCGACGCAUUGGAACCCUUCAUCAAGACCUUUGCCACGGGGAAGGGGGUCCACGCGGCAGUCAUCGCCGCCACCAAUGGAAAAGAAAAGACCAAAGGGAUGUCCGCUGCAUUUGGAAGAGCCGUGUAUGUGCCUGAAAGCGCGUGGAGCGAGGUUCCAGAUCCGGGGGCUGAAGGGGUUGUAAGGUUGGUACAAGGACUUUUGACAGAUGGAAACGAGAACGGGGCCUAG